AAGCGCUCGUGCCUUGACGCUGAGAGAGCUCGAGCCUCCAGCAGCAGCAGCAGCAGCAGAAACGCCCUGCAUCCUUUCUCUCUCUCCUCUCCUCCCAACAUCCAUCCACCGCCCGUCAGCCUCCCCCCGGCUCUCCUCUGCCCCUGCAGCCGCGGAAGAGCCACUCUGAGCGGGCAGGAAGACGAACCGAACCCCCCUGGAAGAAAUGGCCUUUUAACACUUUAGAGAAAAACCCAGAAGAGAGAGAGAGACAUGGAGCCUUUUUCCUUCCUCCUCCUCCUCUUCAUCGCUUCCCUCAGCGGCUCCUUCGCUUCUGCUGACCGGAGAUUCGGUUGCCUGUUUGAGAGCGGGCUGUGUUCACCGUAUGAGAUCUGCGUCAACGAUGGUAUGUUUGGGAGGUGUCAGUCUGUUCCGGUGAAGGAGGUUUACACCUACGAUGUCUCCCCGUCUGUGGUCCAACGCUUCAGGACACUGCUGGAGAAGCUCUCUAACAGAGGUUUGACCUGGGAAGAUGACACUACUCAGCAGGUUCUAUCCAAGGAGUUAUCCAAACUGAGGAGGAUUCCCUACAGGCCACAGCAGAAUGGAGCUGCCUACAACACGGACAGCAGGCCGGCAGCUGAAGCGAUGGACCCAGUAGACCAGAGGGUGAAGCCAGUGGAGGUGGAGCUCAGCAGGAAUCUGCAGACAUACCUCCAACGUCUCGGCCUCCUUCCCAAGACGCCGUCUGCCUCCAGCCUGAGCCCCCAGGGCAAGAGUGACCGUUUCCAGUCAGGCAUCCCGGCAGACUUCUACCGCUCCAAGGCCCAGACUUCAGCUCAGAGGUCGUCUCCCUCCAGCUUUUCUUCUCUUUCUUCUUUCUUACCUGUGCAGAAGCAGCAGAGACCUCCGGCCGACCGGCUCCUAGCCACGCAGGCUGAGGGAGACCUUCUCCUGAGCACCCUGAGGCAGUAUCUCUCUGGGCAUCUGUCGCUGCACCGCGGGGGCGUGGGCCCCGAGGAGCAGGAGGCGCCCGCGUCCCGCCUGAGGCCGUUCUACAGCAACGGAAUAGAAAACUCUGGGCUCAAAAAAGAGACCUCAAAACCCAGGCUUCUGAAGAUGGGAAGAACUCAAGGGGCUGCAGUCAAGGACCCGCUGACGUCUGUGGAUGAGAGAUUCAUCGAGAAGGUUUUGAAGAACGUGGGAAGGCAACACGUGGACGUUGACGGCCUGACGCCUCAGGACUUGGACCAGCUGUCCCGCCUCAUAGCUGAUGCUCUGCAGGUGGUCGACCGGGACCAGGGACUGAACAGGGGCCUCGCCCGGGUCAGACCUGGACCGAGAGACCUGAGCGGAGAGCUGAGGGAGAGGGAGGAAGAAGAGGAGCAGGUUGCCAGGGAUGAGGAAGAGGAAAAGUUGCUGGAGAGCGCUCCGACACUGAAACCACAGGAGAUUACUCCUGUAGUGCCAGCAGCUCUUCAAGAGCGCCACACGGAUACAGAGCAGCGUGAUGUGAAGGACGAGAGUGGAAACCUCUUCACCAAACUUCUCGCCUACCUGGACAAAACCUCCUUCGACGCCUCUCCCUCAGCAAGAAAUCGGAAUGAUGUCUCAGCCGGAGGUCAGCAGGUGGGUCUGGAAAACGUCCAGAGUCGGACCAGUGAGGCAGCGGUGAAGGUGCAGAAGAAGGACGCGACCCAGUCUGUGGAGGAGGUGUCGGAGGUGGAGGGCUGGAUCAAGGAGGUGGCGCCCCCUCCUGCCUCGCUUGUGUACGACAAACCGCACAAGAAGACGAUGCACGUUCCCGAUCUUCAGCUGGACGUCAAAGCCGGCAGGAAGAAGGCCGACGAUGACGUCUUCGGCUACGUCAUCACCGACACAGAUGGGCUCCAGACGGACGAAGGCCUCCACCUGAUGGAGAUCCUGGCUCGCAGGGCUAAAAUCCAGAUGACUGACUUCGCUGAGCUCUCGGUGGUGGGCCCCGCUGUGACCUUCAAAGUGAGCCCAAACACUCACAACGUCAGCACCACAGAUGUGGCCAACGUGGCUGUUCAGCAGAAAGCAGCUCUGGAGAAGGAAGCCAAGCUCAGCAUCCUGGAGGCUGGAGUCACCGAUGGAAGCCAGAUCAACCAGAUCCCCACCAAGUACAGCCAGGCGGAGUCGACCAAGUUCCUCGUCCUCACUGUCGUGUCCAUCCUGUGCAUCGUUGGCGUGCUGCUGGCCUCCACCGUGGUCUACUGCCUCCGCCACCGCUCCCACCACAAGAUCAAGGAGAAGCUCACCAAUCUGGGAACAGAUACUACCAGCGAUGCUACCGCCACCUAUCAGGAGCUCUGUCGGCAGCGCAUGGCGGUCAAACCCCCGACUGAGCGCCCGGAGCCGAUCUCCUCCAGGAUCAACAGCGUGUCGUCUCAGUUCAGCGAUGGCGGCCAAGCCGUCAGCCCCUCGGCGCGGAGCAGCAUCUCCUCCUGGAGUGAAGAGCCCGCCCACUCGAACAUGGACAUCUCCACCGGUCACAUGAUAUUGUCCUACAUGGAGGAUCACCUGAAGAACAAGGACCGCCUUGAGAAGGAGUGGGAGGCACUGUGCGCCUACCAGGCAGAACCCAACGCCUGCACCAUUGGCAUGAAGGAUGGCAACGCCAAGAAGAAUCGCUCCACUGCUGUUGUGGCAUAUGAUCACUCUCGAAUCACCUUGAAGGUGGAGAACAGCCAAGGCAACUCUGAUUACAUCAAUGCCAGCCCAAUCAUGGAUCACGAUCCCAGGAACCCAGCCUACAUUGCCACUCAAGGCCCUCUGCCCUCCACUGUGGCUGAUUUCUGGCAGAUGGUAUGGGAGAAUGGCUGCGUGGUUAUUGUUAUGCUGACACCUCUUGUCGAGAGCGGGGUGAAGCAGUGCUACCACUACUGGCCCGAUGAGGGAUCCAACCUGUAUCACAUCUAUGAGGUGAAUCUGGUGUCCGAACACAUCUGGUGCGAUGAUUUCCUGGUUCGUAGCUUCUACCUGAAGAACAUGCAGACCAACGAGACACGAACUGUCACUCAGUUCCACUUCUUGACUUGGCUCAACCAGAACGUCCCAGAGACCAGCCGGACGCUCCUCGACUUCCGCAGGAAAGUUAACAAGUGCUACCGGGGACGCUCGUGUCCUAUCAUAGUCCACUGCAGUGACGGUUCAGGAAGAAGUGGGACCUACAUCCUUGUCGACAUGGUCCUCAACAAGAUGGCUAAAGGUGCCAAGGAGAUUGAUAUUGCAGCGACUCUGGAGCACCUGCGGGACCAGAGGCCGGGAAUGGUUCAGACCAAGGACCAGUUUGAGUUUGCGCUGACGGCCGUUGCGGAGGAGGUGAACGCCAUUCUGAAAGCUCUUCCACAGUAGGAAGGAGCACCUCCUUCUGAUGGACCUCCUCAUCCUCCUCUACUAUCUCACCUAGAGGAUGGUCCCAAUUAUUACUUAUGUUUCCUCCUCUCCUCUCCCCUUCUGUCUUGUCCUACAUGUCAUCCCUGUUUCACCGGUCUCCUUUUCUUCCUUCGGUCCAAUUGUUAUUAAUUUUGUCUUGUAUUUCCUGUCCACUCCUCCUCUCCUCUUCUUUCACGUUGUCUUGUUCCUCCCUGUUUUCUUCUUUCUGUCUUUACCAACCUUUUCCUUUUUACUUCCUCUUGUGUCCUCCAAAUGUCGAUUGUCUCAUUCUUUACUUUUAUCCAAUCCUUCAUCUUCUAUUUCCAAAUAUCUCCUCCUUUUCUCUCCCUUUGUUUCCUCAUUCUCCUCCUGCCUCCUCUCCUCUUAGUUCUUUCUUUCACUUCUUCUCAUCUCCCUCUCACCUUCCAUCUAAGUAAACAUUGUGCCAGGAAACCGUUGAACCAAUCCUGUACAUAGAUAGACCUUCCUUCUAUUGUAAACAAUCCAUGCAGCCUGUUUUCCAAAGUGACAUUUAAACAUGUUUUGAUAGCUUGAUAAAAGUGUUUCUCUAUGUUCUGUUAAGAGUAUAUUUAUCACAGUUUAUGUUUCUAGACGAGGUUGACCUCAUGGGCGUCAGUUGGGUAUGGCAGGAUUUGGCAAUCAUUAUCAUUGUAGUUGUACUAAAGCUCUGACCAUCCAACCAAAAUCACUUUUAUCAAAAUGAAAACUUAUGUUUUUAUAAUUCUAAAUUGAAUAAAUGUGGGUUUGACUAACUAGUAAUUUAACGAUAUCAUCUUGGGACAUUUUUCACCAUUUUCUGAAACUAUAUUGACUAAACUAAGUCCAGAAAUUAAUCAGUAAUGAAAACAAUCAUUACCUGUGGCCCUAGAUAUGCAUAUAAUUUCCCAAAUAAUGUUCAGUGUAAGUAUUUCCCACCUUGCCAUUUCACCAAAUUGACGCCCUUGACUGGUCUUAUGAGUGUGUGCGUGUGUGUGUGUGUGUGUGUGUGUGUGAUGUUGAUCAUCAUGUUCGUAUCACAAAAAUUGUAUUUGUGUCUGAUUUUUAGUGCCAUGCUUUCUGAUAUGUUUUCAUGCAGUACGCUAGAGUGUCACAGUGUAACUCAUCCAUGCCAGUAAGGUAGAUAUGAGGCAAAAUACUCUAAAAAUGUGAUUUCAUCGCCCGUUGAGGAUUAUUUUUCUUAACAGCAAGUGAUGAAAAACUGCCAGUAGGGUGUUGUUUCCAAAGUGUGGAGCAACUCCAUGAAACAUCUGCAAUUUCCUACUUAUUUUAAGAAAAAUAAUAGAUGCUGGUACAGAAUGUGAGGUGAAAUAACAUGGAUAUAUAUUUUUUUCAAUGUGUAAUUUUCAUUAUCCCAGUAGAAGCAAUAUUGUGUUUCUUCAACCUGAAUCGUUAUUUCUUGUGGACAACCAAUAUUGUGGCUUGUCAGUGAAGUUACACUCAUGUCUGCCUUAAUAAAAACACAGUAGAUGGACUGGUAAGUGUGUCCAGCCACCUGGAAAUAAGUGCUAGUGUGCAACCCUUCAUUUUAAACUGGCCUUAUUCCAGCGGAUUAACCUGUGGAUUAAAGGUUUGCUGUGCUGCUACUUAAUGAAAAUCACUCUGAUAAACACUGAAGAACGUGAUGUCUUUUAAUAAUCUGGGGGCAGGAAGUUACCAUCUGUCCAAAAGUUUGUGAGAGAAGUGUGAAUUGUGUUCUUUAAAUAAUGAAUCAUUAAUUACUUUGAACUACAGAGCAGUGGAAUGAGGCCAUUUUAGAAUAAAGUGUCUCUGACUAGAACUUUUAUGAUAAAAGAGGAUAGUCUUGCUUCUGAAUAGCAGUUAUUCUAUGUAGCAUUAAUGGAUGAUUUGUACAUGUACAGUAGCUGAACCUGUAUUGCAUUGAAACUAGUUUGCAGUGACACUCGUUAGCUGGUUUUCCCAAAACCAUCUUGAGACUAGCUAGGUUUUUGUUCUGUAGUAAAUGAAAGGAGCAUGUUUAAACCCGUUUACUACAAACUACUUGUUCUUUACGUUGCUGCUAACCAAAUCAUGUUCCCGUCUUGUGAACGUGUUAUUUAACCUAUAUUCCAAGCAGCCUGUUGGUUUCCGUUUUCUGUCCAGGAUAAGAGUCUAUUAGUGGAGUAAUUAUUGUUACAAGAUAAUGCAGAGUGGAUUUUGAAGAGUCUGCUAGUUGAUUAUCCGAUUGUAUGGAAAUGAAUGGAAACCAGUGGCUACUUUCCGUCAUGCAUUAGAUGCAAUCACUCACACUAGUCUGAGCGGUGGUGUAUUUUUGUACUUGGCUUAUUUAAGACUCCCACUGCACAAUUAGAGGCCUGCUUAGGCUUUUAAACAACAGUCACAUUAUUCAUAAGAAGCCUGUGUAUUGGACAUUUUGUUUUUCUUGGCUUUCCCAACACAAGAGAUCUCUCAAGGAAAAUAUGUGGUUUUACCCAUAAACCACUGCGUUUUUGGGCUGAGAGAAAUAAUACUACUCACAAACUACUUGUGGUAGUUUUGUGGUAAAUUCUUGUUGACUUGGAUAACAUUCAAAGCUAGUUCUAAGAGAACAGAGCUCAAGAGAACAAAACACUACUAACAUUUGGGGUGAACACAUCCAUGAAGAUGACUUUGGGAAACCAGCUCAUAGUUUGUUUAAAAUCAACUUAAUUUCACUACUUUUGAUUGGCUGACAGAUCCUGUCGUUCAAAUUCUAGUUCAGUUUGUCCAAUCGCAUCUGAAUCACCAAUAAUAUGACUUGCAUACACUAUGCUACAAGUGCAUGGCUAUUUACUUAGCGCGCUGUACUUUCCUGUGGCCUCAAGACGAUCUUAGCAAAGCUCUUCAAGCAAACAAACAAAUGUUGGUUUAUCUCUUCACUUUAUUUGAGACCAUGUAUUGCACAAGAAGCUCCAAGUGCACCUUAACAGUGCAAAAGCCAAGGAUUAUCAUCUUUAAACAGUGCAGAUCAUGGUUAAAGCGAGUUAAAAGGUGGUGCAGUAUCAAUAUGAUGCAACACUGCAGCAAGCCGGUGUCAUGUUGUUGGAAUCGACUCCAUUUUUCAUCACAAAAGUGAAACAUGCUGCAAGAAAUGCUCCUUAUAACAGCUUGUUUGAUGUAGAACGAGAUCUUAAUUUGUCUGCCUUUUUAAAGAUACUGUCAUGUAUGUUAUAAAGAUUUGGAAAUAAGUGAAAGUGAAAUUAUCUGAUUCUACCGGCCAUUUUUAAUGAGUCAAACUUGUUAUUAUGGGUGUUUUUUCUUCAUGAAGGAUGCUCAGUAGGUCAUAUCCCCCAAUGCUGUUAUUUCUUUCACAAAUUCAAUAUCAAAUAUCAAUAGAUGGCUGGUCUGUUGCAUUAACACUGUACAUAAACAAAAUAAAAACAAAAACAGAAGAUAUUUUGUUCUAUCGGUGUAAACAACUUGUGAAUAAAGUGUCAUUGUUGAUGCAGUAUUGUAAUGCAA